AUGCUUCCGCGGCUCUAUUCGACCGCAAUGCUGGCAACUUCCUCCGAUGAGCCAGCCAAAUUCUUGCUGGUCGACGAGCCGCGUCGGCGCCCGGCAGGCUGCUUCAAGCUCACGGCGCUCUCGCUCUGCCUGACAGCUCUGCUCUUGGCGGCGAGGCGAAGCGCAGCUGACUUGAUCGGCCAGGUUUCGGGCACCGCAACGACCGUCGAUUCCAAGGGCACCGCAACGACCGUCGAUUCGGGCACCGCAACGACCGUCGAUUCCAAGGGCACCAUCGAUGUGCACCUAGGCAAUGGUUGCUUCUGGGAGCGCCAGUGGGCGUAUUACAAGGUCGAGACGGAGGAAAAUGGGCCUUUCCAGCGCAAGGAUGCGGAUGUGACCGCGCUCGUGGGCUACGCCGGCGGCAUGGUGGCGAACGCGAGCGGGCCGGUGUGCUACCACACCGGCGACGCGCGCGACUACGCGGCGCACGGAUUUGCCGAGACGGUGAAGGUGACGCUCGACGCCGCGUCGGCAGAGAAGCAGCUCGCCGCGCUCGCCAAAGACUUCUUUGGCUCCUUCACGGGCGAAGCGGGGCAGCGCGUGCGGCCCGACCCCGGCGACCGAGGGGGCGCCUACCGCUCCGUGUUUGGGCUGCCGGGCGGCAUGGCCUCGCCGCUUUACAAAGUGUUCGAGCGCGGGAAUGCCUUUCGCAUGUUGCUCAAGCCCGGAGCUGGAAAGAAUGACGGCGCCGGCGACCCGGCCGAGAAUACGGUGUACGUCUACGACACGAAUGAGCGCCCCUUCUACGUGGCCGAGGAGUACCACCAGUUCCACUGCGACUUUUCGAUGAGCUCCGGCAUGCCUUACCCGGAGUCGUACUGGAACAACCUCUUCGAGCAGAUGAAGACGAGCGGCCGGGUCAAACCGACGGGCUGCCCGGAGGGCGUCGUGCCGCAUCCCGGCGCCCUCUGCUCUUCUCCUGCGAGGAUUUUCCCGAUGUUUGGCCGCCGAUCGUCGCGGACGUAG